AUAUGGAGUAGCACAACACAACGUGCAUUUCAUUUCUCUCUAUACCUGACGGGCUUUGUGUAUUUUUUUUUUGUCUGAAGAUUGAACUGUAUAUACGUCGUUUUGGACUCAGAUAUGGCUGUUCCAAAGGCCCACUAUAAGCCUGAGUACACCCACAGUAAGGGCAGUAUCCUGGUAGAAAGAGGUCCUUACCGGGCGAUUCCCGAGAACAACUACCUGUCAGGAGCGGGCAUGUCUCAUGUGUGGGCGGGGGUGGGCCAUUACGUGCCCUCGUCCCGGGGGUGGAUACCCAUCCACGACUACCACUCUCUUCCACGUGAGACUCGACGAGACGCCAUUUACAUGGAGAGUGAGGACCAGUAUGUCUCCUUCGUCAAGAAUCGUGACACUCCGUCAGGCCUCUACCACAAAAGCGUCGGCCUGCGUCCAUCCGGUGUUCCAGAGUUGCGACUUGACGGAUACACCCGGGAUUUGCCAAACAUGCCACCACCGGAAGUGUUCCAGAGGCCAUGGCCCAAAGACGACUGCCAUUUCCCCGUUAAUAGAGAACCACGCGGUGGUUACUAUGGUUACUAUCACGAAGCUUUGAAAGCCGCAAACACGCGAAGAGAUGCCGCACGGCCGUUUUACGAGAAAAUCCGAGCAGAAGACGUUCCGAAGUUAUAGCCUGGGUUUGUGUGCAAUAAUAAAUACCUGUUUGCAAUAACACAU